AAAUCCAGUUUGUUACACCAUAUUCCGAAGUUCCAUGGCUUGUCUAUGGAAGACCCCAACAAACACUUGAAGGAGUUCGAGGUGGUUUGUUCGAGCAUGACCCCCGUCACUGUGGAUGGGAGUAUAUUGAAGAUGAAGGCUUUUCCAUUUUCACUUAUGGACAAGGCCAAAGAUUGGCUCUACGAACUAGCCCCAGGAACGGUGACUUCGUGGGAGAGUAUGAAGCGUGCUUUCUUGGAGAAAUUCUUCCCUACUUCAAGAGUGAUUCUCCUACGGAAGAAAAUUAGUGGUAUUCAACAGAAUUAUGGUGAGACAUUCCCGGCUUAUCAUGAGCGCUUCAAGGGCCUUGUAGCUUCAUGUCCUCAACAUCAAAUGAAGGAGGAACUUCUCCUUCAAUAUUUCUAUGAGGGCCUCAUUCCUAUCGAACGUCAAAUGCUUGAUGCCUCAGCGGGAGGAGCAUUGGUGGACAAAACACCAAGGGAUGCCAAGAUUAAUCUGCCCAAUGUACCUUUUCCUCGCAGGUUCAUGCAAGAAAAAAAGGAAGAAAGCGAGAAGGAUAUUCUUGAAACGUUCCGGAAAGUGCAAGUGAACAUACCGCUUCUCGAUGCAAUCAAACAGGUUCCAAAGUAUGCCAAAUUCCUCAAGGACCUAUGCAAUGCAAAGAGAAGAAGGGCAAACAAAGAGGUAGUUAAGGUAAGCGAGAACGUGUCCGCUGUUUUGCAACGUAAACUACCUACCAAGUGCAAAGACCCCGGUAGUUUCACGAUUCCUUGUUUGAUUGGACAUAAUCGUUUUGAACAUGCCAUGCUUGAUUUAGGUGCAUCCAUAAAUGUCAUGCCUUAUUCCAUUUAUGCAUCAAUGAACCUUGGCGAGUUAAAACAAGAUGGCGUUAUAAUUCAAUUGGCCGAUCGUUCUAACGCUUAUCCCAAGGGAGUCCUUGAGGAUGUUUUAGUGCAGGUCAAUCACCUUAUUUUCCCCGCAGAUUUCUAUGUUUUAGACAUGGAGGAUUCAAGCCAUGCUCCAUCAUUACCAAUCUUGCUAGGCCGUCCCUUCAUGAAAACAGCAAGAACAAAGAUUGAUGUGUAUACGGGAACAUUGACCAUGGAGUUUGAUGGGGACAUUAUUCAUUUUAAUCUUUCUGAAACCAUUAAACAUCCAAUUGAGGACCAUUCUUGUUUUGCUAUUGAUAUUGUUGAUUCUUUGGCACAGGUGCAUUUGGAUCAAAUGAACGAAGAUGCACUUGAAGUAGCCUUAACCCACGGCAUGCAAUCUGACCAUAUUGCCGUACCCCCUUGUGAUGAAGUACUUGAAAUGGUCGCUGCCCUCGAGUCAUUGCCCUUCCACUCUGGUAAGUCUCCAAUCUCACUUUUAGAUUCAAUUUUGACUAACAAGUUACUUCCAUCUACUGAGCAGCCACCUACACUUGAGUUAAAGCCAUUACCUAGUCACUUGAAGUAUGUGUUCUUAGGCCAAGAUCAAACGCUACCCGUCAUCAUUUCAAACUUAAUCACGGCUCAAGAAGAAGACAAGUUGAUAAGGGUGUUAAAAGAGCACAAAUCUGCCAUUGGAUGGACUUUGGCGGAUAUCAAAGGCAUUAGUCCCACCACGUGCAUGCAUCGCAUCCUUUUGGAGGAGGAAGCCAAGCCAUCUCGUGAAGCUCAACGUCGCCUUAAUCCACCUAUGAUGGAAGUAGUGAAAAAGGAGGUUAUAAAAUUACUUGAUUGUGGUGUUAUGUAUCCUAUUUCUGAUAGUCGUUGGGUGUCACCUGUCCAGGUUGUUCCAAAGAAGUCUGGUGUCACAGUGGUGAAGAAUGAAGAACAAGAGCUUGUCCCCACUCGUGUUGUGACUGGCAUUGAAGUAGAUAAAUCUAAGGUAGACCUUGUUCGCCACUUACCCUCUCCAACUUCGGUUAGAGAGGUUCGUUCGUUUCUUGGCCACGCAGGUUUUUAUAGGCGUUUCAUUAAGGAUUUCUCCAAGAUUGCACAGCCACUAUGCUGGUUGCUUCAAAAAGAGGUGGUUUUCGAGUUUGAUGAAGCAUGCUCCACGGCAUUCAAGCACUUGAAGGAAGCUCUCACUUCGGCUCCUAUUAUCACACCUCCAGAUUGGAGCCUUCCAUUCGAGUUAAUGUGUGAUGCGUCGGACUAUGCCAUUGGUGCUGUUUUGGGACAGCGAAAGAACAAGCAACCCCACGUUAUCUAUUAUGCUUCUAGGACACUAAAUGAUGCUCAAUUAAAUUAUUCAACCACUGAGAAAGAAUUACUUGCUGUGGUUUUUGCAUUAGAUAAGUUCCGACCUUACUUACUUGGUACUAAAGUUGUUAUUUUUACUGAUCAUGCAGCUCUCAAAUAUUUUCUCACGAAAAAGGAGGCCAAGCCUAGAUUGAUUCGAUGGAUGUUGCUUCUACAAGAGUUUGACAUUGAGAUUCGGGAUAAGAAAGGCGUGGAGAAUGUGGUGGCUGACCACCUAAGUCGAAUGGUACAUGAGGAAGUAGCGCGAAUUUCUGAAACCUUUCCCGAUGAGCAAUUAAUGUCUAUCCAGGUAAGUGAGCCUUGGUAUGCUGAUUUGGUUAAUUUUCUGGUGUCUAAGCAAGUUCCUAACACCUUAAGCAAGGCUCAACGUGAUAAAUUAAAAAAGGAUGCACGUUUUUAUGUUUGGGAUGACCCUUAUUUGUGGAAAAUAUGCCCUGAUCAGAUUGUGCGUCGUUGUGUUCAUGAAUCUGAAUUUAAUUCCAUUUUGAGUUUUUGCCAUACAUAUGCAUGUGGUGGACACUUUGGCACACAACGCACCGCGUUUAAGGUUCUUGAGAGUGGUUUUUAUUGGCCUACAUUGUUUAGAGAUGCUAGGGCUUUUUGCUUAACAUGUGAUAGAUGUCAAAAGACUGGAAGUAUAGGCCAAAGACACCAAAUGCCGCAAACCCCAAUCCUUGUUGUUGAAAUCUUUGAUGUUUGGGGUAUUGAUUUUAUGGGUCCAUUCCCUAUGUCUUUUGGUUUUACGUACAUUUUACUUGCCGUUGAUUAUGUGUCAAAGUGGGUGGAAGCUAAAGCCACCCGAACUAACGAUUCUAGAGUUGUUGCAGACUUUGUAAAAUCUAACAUUUUCUCUAGAUUUGGGAUGCCUCGAGUGCUCAUAAGCGAUGGUGGGACUCAUUUUUGCAACCGCACCAUUAUAGCAUUGCUCAAGAAGUACAACGUGAUGCAUAAGGUUUCCACACCUUAUCACCCCCAAACCAGUGGCCAAGCCGAAGUUUCAAAUCGAGAAAUCAAGCAAAUCCUGGAAAAGACCGUUGGGCCGAAUAGAAAAGAUUGGAGCUUGCGCUUGGAGGAUGCACUAUGGGCCUAUCGAACGGCGUACAAAACGCCCAUUGGUAUGUCCCCAUUUCGGCUAGUCUAUGGCAAGCCGUGCCAUCUACCCAUAGAGCUUGAGCACAAGGCACAUUGGGCGGUCAAGACCUUCAAUAUGGAUGUGGACGCGGCUGGAAACCAUAGGAAGCUACAAUUGAGCGAGCUUGAAGAGAUUAGGCAUGAAGCGUAUGAGAAUGCCCGGAUUUACAAGGAGAAGACCAAGGCCGUCCAUGACAAGAUGAUUAGAGGCAAAACUUUCUCAAUUGGGCAGAAAGUGUUGUUAUUCAAUUCUCGUCUUCGAUUAUUCCCCGGUAAGUUACGUUCAAAGUGGGUUGGCCCUUUUAUUGUCACUAAUGUUUUCUCUCAUGGUGCAGUACAAAUC